AUGAACCAAGACGCCGGCUACUCUUCCCUAAAAUUUCGUCGGCCCUCCAGCAAACUUCACAAAGACCGUCCGAACCUCAGUUCUCGCAUCUUGAAGAGUCAGACCAGCACUACGUCGCUCAAGCGACACCCUUCUGCUCCCGUAUACCCCAGUUUCUCUCCGAACCGGAGUCGAGAGCAUCUGCGGACCAAAUCCAACGCUUGCGGCUCUUCGUCCUCCCUCGACCAGAAUAACAGCGCUACUCCCUCUCCAGUACCGUCAGGUGACGAAUCUACUCAGCUUCCCUCCAACUACAAUUCUUCCAGUGCUCGUCACCCUGGACAUUACUCACUGAAAGAUCGGGGCUCUGAUGAAUUAAACGGCAAUUCGUUCGACGCGCGGGCCAUGCUCCAUGCUCUAGAAGAGAACCCCUCGGAGUCUGAACCAAAGCUGGACCAGCGACCCCCUCCCCCCCUGCGUACCAACUACACUAGCCCUGACUUGCGACAGACCCAGACUCUCCGACAGUCUGCAAGCUAUACGACUUUGUUGCAGCCACGUAUGGACGUUCAGCGGGCGGAGACGGAGCGGGGAUUUCAAACGAAGAGACACUCUGAUGAGGGAAAUGGUACUAAGGUUUUUGGCUCCGGAAGGAGCAAAAAGAACAGUUUCUCCAAUUUCGUCACAAACAUGCUAGGUUCCCCCCGCAAUGUCAAGAUAUCCGCUCCCGAGAAUCCCGUUCAUGUAACUCAUGUUGGAUAUGACAACAAAACGGGCCAGUUCACUGGUCUGCCAAAAGAAUGGCAGCGGCUACUGCAAGAGAACGGCAUUUCGAAGAAGGAACAGGAGGAGCAUCCGCAGACGAUGGUCGAUAUUAUGAGAUUUUACGAGAAGACUACGCGUGGGGGCAGCGAUGAGGAAGUUUGGCACAAAUUCGACCAUGCGACUCCCCAGCAGCCACCGGUAACUGCGCUCUACAGUCCUAUGCAGGUGACGUCUCCCUCUUCCAACCCCCGAUUUCCUCAAAACCAUGAGGGCAGCUUUGAAAAUCCUCGGGCGCCCCCUCCGAUCCCACGUGCUGCACCCAGUACGGGAUCCACGCCGGGUGGCCUUGUACCAAACAGAGCGGCUCCGAAGCCACCGGUUAGCCCUGGUAGUCUGGCACCUGCUCGACCUGCUCCUCAGCCACCAGUCUCAAGCCUCCAUAAUGGUGUACAGACACGACCUGUCCCAGAUGCUUAUAUAACUCCUUCCAUUCCAGAAACGCAACCGUUGCCCUCUGAGUCUCAGCGGAGUAGGUCAAACUCGAGAACUAACGGUGCGACGGCUCUACGAGUACCGGCAAAUGCAAUUGUUUCCCCAACCCAAUAUCAACAGCAGCAGGAGCAGGCGAUGGCCGCAGCCCAACAUGCAGCUGCAGAGAGACAGCUUGAGCGCAGCCGUAGCCAGUGUCAGCAACCACAGCAGUAUCAGCACCAAACUGCGCAGACAACCCAGCAACUUCCUGUGGCAGCUCCUCCCGCUGCAACACAGCCGCGCGCCGCGCCAGCAGCUCGCCCCAGGCAGCGAGCCCGCCAGAGUAACGCUUUCGAUGUUCGGGCACGAUUGGUUUCGAUUUGCACUCCAGGUGACCCGACCAAGAAAUACUACAACUUGAACAAAAUCGGUCAGGGUGCCUCGGGCGGUGUCUACACUGCGUACGAGACAGGCACGGAUAAGUGUGUUGCCAUCAAGCAGAUGAACUUGGAUUUGCAGCCCAAAAAGGAUCUUAUCAUCAAUGAGAUUCUUGUUAUGAAGGACAGCAAGCAUAAGAACGUGGUCAAUUUCCUCGACAGCUACUUGCAUGGUUUGGAUCUUUGGGUUGUAAUGGAAUACAUGGAGGGUGGCAGCCUCACAGACGUCGUCACCUACAACAUGAUGAGUGAAGGGCAGAUUGCGGCUGUUUGCAGAGAAACUUUGAGCGGUCUACAACACUUACAUUCCAAGGGGGUGAUCCAUAGGGACAUUAAAUCCGACAAUAUUCUUCUAUCAAUCGAUGGAAAUAUUAAAUUGACCGACUUUGGCUUCUGUGCGCAGAUCAACGAGUCGCAAAACAAGCGCAACACCAUGGUUGGCACUCCCUACUGGAUGGCUCCUGAGGUUGUAACAAGAAAGGAAUAUGGCCGCAAAGUUGACAUCUGGAGUCUUGGUAUCAUGGCUAUUGAAAUGAUCGAGGGUGAACCCCCUUACCUGACAGAAUCACCUCUCCGCGCUCUAUACCUAAUUGCUACAAAUGGGACCCCCACCAUUAAGGAUGAGCAUAACUUGUCGCCCAUAUUCAGAGAUUUCUUAUAUUUUGCACUGAAGGUUGACCCGGAGAAGAGAGCAUCCGCGCAUGAUUUGCUAAAACACCCGUUCAUGAAUUACUGCGAACCACUCUCACAUUUGGCACCUCUUGUGAAAGCUGCGCGGCUUAAUAAAGCCCAAGAGAAAGCCCAGAAAGGCCAUUGA